UGCAGGAGGACAGCUCGGACCCCCCAGGAGGAGAAAUGUUCGACAACUCCCACUACCCCUUCAACUGCUUCAACUACGACGGGGACGGAUACCCUUCCUCCAGCACGGACGAGGAGAAGAAGAUCUGCCGACCCGCGUACAGCUACAUCGCUCUGAUCGCCAUGGCGAUCCAGCAGAGCCCCGAGCAGCGGGUCACGCUGUCGGGCAUCUACGAGUUCAUCAUGAAGCGCUUCCCGUACUACCGCUCCAACCAGCGGGCCUGGCAGAACUCCAUCCGCCACAACCUGUCCCUGAACAGCUGCUUCAUCAAGGUUCCUCGGACGGAGGGAAACGACAAAGGAAAGGGGAAUUACUGGACGUUUGCCACCGGCUGCGAGUCCAUGCUCGACCUGUUCGAAAACGGCAACUUCCGCCGCCGCCGCCGCCGGCGGAACGUGAAGAUCAGCCUCCACGACCCGGGAGAAAACGCCUUCCACCCUCUGGAGGGCCGGGCCGACCCCGCCUCCACCCUCUGCCCUCUGAACCCCGAGAGGUCCCGGCCCGGCGCCCCUCACAGCCGCCUCCUCCUUAACCCCGCCCCGCCGGGGAAACCCGAGUCGGAGAUUAAGUUCAGCAUUGACUACAUCCUGUCCACGCCGGAUCCGCCGCCGCCGGGCCUCCGGUCCGCUCACGGCCCCGUGCACGUGGUUCCCGCCGCGCCGCCCGUCCACGUUCUGGAGCCCCAACACCUCAACCUCCACUUCUGGACUCUCUGAACCGCCAAAGAACUCCACAGCCGGACAGAGUACGGAAGCCCGCAGCGCUCAAAACAGUCGAGUCCAUGCGUUGAUGUUUACAUUCUGUCCUGUCACUUCCCGCCGCGCAAACUCCGCCAUGUUGGACGUUUAAUUUAUGUCUUUCAGUCACUUAAGAGUCGAUAAAGAAAAGCAAAUCCUUCUGGAAA